UCGAGGCUGGCGUCGCGAGCACUGUCGCGCAGGGGCGUGAUGACUGGGGACUCUCGCCGUGGGCCGCCAGCCUCAGAGGGGCCCGCUUGUCCCACUGCCCGGUUUUGUAGGAGUCAGCCGAGAUCAGGGAGAGGACAGGGACGAGGUCCCCGGCCUGGCAUAGAUCCGGAAAACUCAAGUGAUCUCGCAGAAAUGUGCAGUGGAUUGCUCAUGGCACCGCUGUUUAUCAUAGCCGAAGGGGAAAGAGACGAAAUUGUUCCUGAAGCGAUGAACGGACAAGCAGAACAUGUCAGAUCCGUACAGUGGAGUCGUACAGGAGGCUAAGUGGGAGAAAACGGGAACAAAAGGAUACAUACUGUAAUUACUUGGACAACGCACAUCAAUGGCUCUAACAAAGUUGUCGCUCUCCUUGGAUUCCAUUGAGAGCGAUUCUGAGGAGUUGCCAACAUUUGCCUUCCUGAAGAAGGAACCAUCUUCAGGGAAGAGGAGGCAGCCUGCCAGGGCCGGCGAGAUAAUCGUGGUGGACGCCUCGGACUCCGAGGCCUCCCAGGCCUCCCGACCUCCAUCCCCAGGGCCGGGGGAGCCCCCUGUCCCGCACGCAGCGGUCACUCCCACCCGGGCAGAGCUGCUCGGAGUGCUGAGCAGUGGGAGCGAGGACGAGGGGGAACUUGUCCCCCUGGCCAGGAGGCUUAAAUGUAAGUUUCUGACACACAGGCAGCUAAGCCCUAAGGCCUCCAGCCCCUCGGGUGAAGUUCUCGAGGAUCAUCAGAAUGGGGGACCCUCCCAUGACCGGCGAGAACCGUCCUUCCCAGAGGUCUGUGGUGUUCCCCUUGGCCACAGCUCCGAGUGGGGUGCAGCAGAUAACCAGGCCCAGAGCUUGGACUUCUCGUGCCGUGACCCCCCGGCAGCCCGGACCACCUGUCUCAUUCAGAGCCACGGAUUGGCAGGAACCCAGACGAAACCUGGCGUCGCCCCGCCUCAGAAGACAGCCAAGCACAGUCCGAAGCGGGAGAGGAGAGGCGCGCAGGGCCGAGCGAGCAGGAAGGAAAGGAAGAAGGUGGUGCCGGGCAGCAGGCUGAAGGCCCAGCGACCGGAGGAGUGCCUGAAGCACAUCGUCGUGGCGUUGGACCCAGAGCUUUUGCAGGCGGAAGGCGGAGGCCAGCUCCUCGGAGCACUGCAGGCCAUGAACUGCCGCUGUGUCAUCGAAGCACAGGCCGUGCCCCACAGCGUCACGUGGAGAAGGGCAGGGCCUGCCGAGGAUGAAGAGGCCUGGGUGGAGGAGCCAGCAAUCCUGGUGUUGCUCCUGGCAGAGGCUUUUGUGUCCAUGAUCAGCAACUUAAAACAGGGACUCCCAGGCAGCAGUGAGAACGGGAAGAAAACCCUCGAGGGCUUCGUCUCUGAUGUCACAGCAAGGACAGGAGGGAAAGCUCUGUCCCUGGUGAUUAUGGAUCAGGAGAAAUGCUUCAGGGCUCAGAAUCCUCCCAGAAGAGGCAAACAGGGAGCUGCAAAUAAACAAGCCAAGGAGAAGCAGCAGCGACUGCUCGAGUCCAGCACGGCACCCACCGUGUCCAGGGUAGACAUGGAAGAGGCACUGAUAGAUCUGCAGCUGCACACAGAAGCCCAGGUCCAGAUCGUGCAGAGCUGGAAGGAGCUGGCUGACUUCACCUGCUCGGUCACAAAGGCCGUGGCCGAGGCACCUUUCAAGAAGCUCCGAGACGAAACCAGCUUCUCCUUCUGCCUGGAGAGCGACUGGGCCGGAGGGGUGAAGGUGGACCGUGCCGGCAGGGGUCUCGCACUGGUCUGGAGGAGACAGAUUCAGCAGCUGAACCGGGUCAGCCUGGACAUGGCCAGUGCUGUCGUGGACGCCUAUCCCUCGCCACAGCUCCUGGUGCAGGCUUAUCAGCGGUGUGUCUCCGAGCAAGAACGCCAGAACUUGGUGGCAGGCAUCCAGGUGCGCCGUGGGGUGGGUGUGACAGCCACCUCCCGCCGCGUUGGCCCCGACCUGUCCAGGCGCAUCUACCUUCAGAUGACUGCUCUGCAGCCAGACCUCUCUCUGGACAGCGCUGACUGACCCCCAGCGGGGGAGAUCUCUACCUCCCCAACUUUGGGACGUGGUGGAAAGCCCAGCCCAGCCCAGCCUUUGUUCUCCUGUCUGAGUUUCCUCCCCAUUUCCGGACAGAGGGUGACACCUGCACCUGCCUUCACUUACUAGCCCCUUGCAGCAAAACCAGCUGUCCCCGCCAGCCCGAGACAAAAGGAACACAGAUGGACCACUCAGACACAGAUUU